GAUUGCUGCAUCCACAUUGGUGCAUUCAUACAACUGGACCAGUGGAGGGCCAUCUAAAGCAACACCAUGUCCUCCACUCUACACAGAUCUCUCAGUGCUCCUCUCUGCAUCACUCUGUACAUCAUUGCUUAUGCCAGCCAUGUGAAUGGAUACACAUUUGGGGAGUGCCACUUACAUGAGCCAGAACAUAACCAAACAAAGUUUUUCUGCUACAGGAGACAACUUAAAGACGUUCCUCAAAACCUCCCUCCUGUCAUAACAGAGAUAGACAUUUCUCACAACAAUAUCAAAGCAAUCAAGAGUGACGAUUUUCGAAAUCUUGUUCAUUUAGAGAUACUGAACGUCUCACACAACAUCAUCUCUUGUGUGGAGAAAGGCGCUUUCAGAAACUUGACUUCCUUAACAGAGCUGAACCUAAACAGGAACCAUUUGACCCAAAUCAAAGAUGAGUUCUUCAGUGGUUUGAUUAAUCUUAAAGUGCUUCUCAUGAACUUCAAUAAUGUUUUAACUAUAGCUCCUUCAGCACUUUCGGUCUUUUCCAAACUGGAACGUGUGCAACUGUCUGGCAACAAUCUGAGGAACAUAACAUCAGUGCAACCCAUUUUCCAGAUAGAAACCCUGAAAGAACUUCACAUUGCUUCCAACAAGAUUGUACAUUUUCAGUCGACAGAUAUUUCAAAUUCAUCCCUCCAACUUCAAAUGCUGAAUUUAUCAUCGAAUCCAAUCAGUGUUUUCAGGAUCACGGCUAAUAUUUUCCCCAACCUCACAGCCAUUGAUUUGUCAUUCUGCUUUUUAAAGCCAAAUUUUGAGUGGGUGGUGCUGCUGAGCACCGAAUUCUUUCGGAAUGUGAGAAGGCUUGAUUUGAACGGUGUUAAUAUCUCAUUUGUGGAUUUUAACACAAUACUGCAAACGUUCAAUAAGUCACUGGUCCAGCUAAAAUUGAGCAAUGUGCAUUCAGUUAAAGCCUUUAUAAGAAAGGCUUGUCUGAUUCCAACACUAACCGAGUUAAAACUGGGUCAAAACAAUAUCACUAAUUUUACAGAAACAGGACUUGACAAAUGCACGCACUUGAGGUCAUUGAAUUUGAAUCGUAACAAUCUUACCAAGCUGGAAAACCUCUUUACUUCAUUAAAACAUGUGUCCAACUUAGACCUGAGUCAGAAUGACUUUUCGGACAUUCCUAGUAUCAUACAAAAUUUGUCCAUGUUGAAGUCCUUAAAUAUUGUAUUUAAUAACAUUAAAAUAAUUAAUUGUAGCACAUUUGAAAAUGUUAAUCUAAAAAUGCUAAAGCUGUACCACAACUCAAUUUCUGAGAUAAAUGAUUGUGUUUUUCAAAACAUGACAGAUCUAAAAGAACUUCUACUAGGGUCAAAUUCUAUUGAAUCACUGAGAGGAGCUUUCAAAAAUGGCCCUGCAAAAUUGAGAUAUUUGGAGAUAAGUGCAAACGCACUGCACUCCAUCAAAGAAGAUGACUUUAGAGGUCUGACAUCACUCACUGAAUUGUUUUUAAAUGACAAUAAAAUUGAAUCAAUAGAUUCAGGAGCGUUUGAUUCUUUAAUUAGUUUGAAAACCCUGAAUUUGCAGGCAAAUAAAAUUACAGACAAAUACCUCACCCCAGCCAUCUUUUCAGGACUUCCAAAUUUAUAUGAACUGUUCUUACAAAACAAUCAUCUCUUUACAUCAAAGCGGUAUAAAACCCCUCCUUUCAGUCAUUUGAAGGCUUUCCACAUUCUUUCAGUCGUAUCUCAGCCUCAUCAUAAAAGCCAGACAUAUUUACCAGUGAAUUUGCUGUGGAAUCUAACGACUUUGAAAGGUUUCUGGGCCCAGAAAGUUGGUUUUACGUUUUUAAAUGAUGACUUCUUCAAAGACAACAAUGAGCUGACGGACCUUGCCCUUAGUGAAAAUCACCUUGCGUUUCUCUCUCCUAACACAUUCUUGCCACUACGAAACCUCAAAAACCUCCAACUGGAAAACUGCAACUUAAAGACUUUAGAUUUCAUUGUAAAAGCCAAUUUGCUCUUGCUUAGUCGUUUGCAGAUCAAAAAUAACCAAAUAAGCUCCAUCAAUAACACAGUUAUCAACGCCCUUCCCGCACUAAAUUUACUUGAGAUGAGAGGAAAUCCCUUCAUUUGUGACUGUUCCAAUAAAGACUUCAUCAAAUGGGUGGAGACGGACAAUUUCACACAAGUACUUGAAGCAAAUACAUUUCGGUGUAAUAGUCCACCAAAUUUGAUAGGAACUCACCUUCUAAAUUUAGACGUGCAUUCUUGUUCAGUUGACUGGGGGUUUUAUUGUUAUAUUUCCACUGCUUCUGUAGUGCUCCUGACUAUGGUCACAUCUCUCCUGUAUCACUUCCUACGCUGGCAAAUAGUUUAUGCUUAUUAUUUGUUCUUGGCAUUUCUCUAUGACAAAAAGAAAAAGGAUCCAAAAAAGGCUAGGUUCCAAUAUGAUGCUUUUGUUUCCUACAACCUCCAUGAUGAACACUGGGUCACUGGUACGUUGCUUCCCAAGCUAGAAGGGGAACAGGGAUGGAGACUGUGUUUGCACCAUCGGGAUUUCCAACCAGGAAAAUUCAUCAUGGACAAUAUCAUAGACGGCAUCUACGGCAGCCGCAAGACCAUCUGUGUCAUCAGCCAGCACUACCUGGAGAGCGAGUGGUGCUCCAGGGAGGUUCAGGUGGCCAGCUUCCGGCUGUUUGACGAGAAGAAGGACGUUCUGAUUCUGGUGUUCCUGGAGGACAUUCCGGAAUACCGGCUGUCAGCACACUACCGGAUCAGGAGCCUGGUGAGGAAGCGGACGUACCUCCGCUGGCCCAAAGCCGGAGAGGACACGCGGGCCUUCUGGGAGAAACUAAGGCUUGCCCUGGGCACCCAACAGGACCCUGAGUAGGAGAAUUCCCUCAGUGAUAUCACAGAGAUGAAAAACUUGGAUAAAUGAAGAAACCUGUAGAUGAACACCUCAAUAAGUAAAAUUGUGAUUGAACAUUUGAAAUAAAUAAAUAUAAUGUC